AUGGCGGGCAAGUUUAUCGAUGCGUACGUGGAGGGUGUGUGGAAUGUGUACGACGGCGACUUAAGCGGGUACUUGGACAAGAAAGAAGCCAAGGUGUUUGUCCUGAGCCUGCUGGAUGAGCUCGCGAACGAAGGUGUUGACGUGCCCGUCGACGUUGACUUCGACGCGGCGUUUGCGUCAUACGACCAGGACGGGAAUGGCCGUCUGUCCCGCAAGGAAGCCCGUGUGUUUGUCGAGCAUCUCAUGGAGGCUCGUGACAUCGCCCACGAGAAGACUGCUGCGGUUGGAGCCGAGACCCAAGCCUUCCUCGAUUCGUACAUGGCCGAGAUCUGGACAACGUACGACGGCGACGCGAGCGGGUUCCUCGAGCGCGACGAAGCGCGGAAGUUUGUGGACAAGCUAAUCGCUGACAUGACUGCGUUCGGUCUCGACGUCCAAGGCUUCGACUUUGACGCGUGCUUUAACGCGUAUGAUCAAGACAAGAACGGCCGCUUGAGUCGCACCGAAUUACGGGUAUUUGUCGAGCAGCUCCUCACGAGUUAA